AUGGGCUUGGGCUGCUCGGUGGACGUGGCGCGAGCGGCCGUUUGCGAGUCCUGCAACUGCGUUGACGACUCCUUCGAGGGCAGCCGCGUCUGGGCGCAAGGUUGCUUCAGCCGGUCCUCUCUGGACAGCCGGGAUGAGGGUGUCUUCGAUCAUCCGCAUCCACUCCUGUGCCGAAGCCAUGAGGAUGACACCCCGCGCGGUCCAACUCCUCCUUGGGCCGUACACAACACCGAGUGCGAGCCUGUGGACAAGACCUCCACCGGCGAGCUGGAUCAGAGUCACAAUCAGCCUGGGCUGCUAGUCGCCUUGGGCGCUGGUUUCUGUCGUGACCUGUUUCGUGCUGCCCGAACUGGAAAUGAUGCUGUGCUGGAGAAGCUGAUCAAGAACGCCUACACGAGCUGCGUGAGACGCGGUGGCAGUGGCGACUUGGAUGACGGGACUUCCGAGGAGGUAUCCAGCAUGCUGAGCUUUGCCAGAGAUGUCGGUACAGGAGAGACGUUGCUCGGAGCAGCAGCCAAGCAUGGCGAAGCACUGGUUGUGAGGCUGCUGCUAUUGAACUCUGCGAAUCCGACAAUUUCGGACAGCCGCGGUCGUAUGGCUUUGCAUCGAGCGGCCGAAGGUGGCGAUUUGCUUACGACCCUACUUGUGCUGGAUCGCCUACAGAGUGCGGACCGCUUCCUUUCUGUUACGGAUUUCGUGGACAACCACGGCGAGACCCCUGGCGUGGUUGCCUCUUCUGCAGGCAGCAGCGCAGUCUGUGGAGCCUUGGAGAUCUUUGGGGACAUGCAGCUGAACGCGGAGCAGCAGUACGUCGGUCAGCUCGGCAAGCCAGGAGUGCGGAAUGACAUACUCUCCUCUUUAGACUUCGGGUCCGAAGCUGCAACUGCCUCGCUGCAAUGCCUGAGAGAGGCUUCCCUGGGGUCAGCACUGGUGCCAAAGAUCUGGCCCCAAACCCAGGCUGGCUUUGAUCUCGCAGAUGCGCUGAACCAGGCAUUCCAGGGCUUGCAACAAGCGGAGGAUCUCCUCAUGAACGGCAGCUGGAAGCCAGGUCAGUUCGGUCUACCUGCUGGACUGAAGCAGGUUGUUCGCACAAUUGACCUGCGGGUCCGCUGGCAAAGGCUGAGAACUGAUGCCAUGGCUGGCGCGAGUUCUAAGGCUCUAGAGGAGUUUUGGCAAACUCACUUGAGCGCUGCCAGAAUGGCGAAGCUGACGAGAGGGGAAGGCAAUCUGCAGCAGAUCUACUUGGGAAUUCUCUGGCUCUUCACCCGCGAGUCUUGGCUGCCGCACAUUAUGGAAGCACUGGCAGGCUUCCUGCGCGAGAGCAGCCCGGAGGUCAUGCAAGCUUAUGAAUCGAUGGCCCUGCAAAGUCUGGUGCAGGCUUUGUCUCCGAUGGCGCAACUGGUGCAAGCUGCAACAUGUUACUUCCGACAGCAGGGAGCUCGACACGAAGGCGUCACAUUCAGACCGGUCGUUCUGCCUCCCUCGGUGCUGAAAAGCAUGAUAGACAGGUUCUUGGAGUGCAAAGAGAGGCAGCAGUCCUCUGAGGCGACAGAUCCCGCAGACGCAGAGGAUCUUGAAACUGGCAUGUGGUUUAUCCUCAGCCACGGUUCCUUCCCCACAGCUUUUGCCUCGCGUUGGGACGCCGGGAAGCGUCUUGCCAAGACCAGCUCGAACGUCCUGUUGGCGAUCCAAGCAGACCCAAAGUUUCCCAGCUUUCCGGAGCACAUGUCGUUGAAGGGUGGUGGCGAUGACGUGAUCUUUCCGGCCGGAACUUUGUUUCGGCUGGUCCGUAUGUCACGAACGACAAGUUCCGAGCUUGAUUCGGAGGCCUGCCCAAAGGGCUCAGCGAUGCAGUGGCCUGUGACGGUGAUCGAACUGGCUGCCACAGACCCACGACCGCAGGCCUUCUUGCUGCUGCAGCGGAGGGGAUGCCUUCGCCCAGGCGAGAUUCAGGAUGCACUAAUCUCCUGGGCAGCAGAGCAGAAAGGUGCGGAGCGUGAGCAACGCGUCCGAGAUGCUGCAGCAUGGCUUUACCAAAGCUCUGAAGACGAGGCAGCCGAGAUGCUUCUGGAGAGGUCACUGCAUGGAGAUGCAGCGGUAGAUGAUGUGGUGCAGGAGGAGAGGCUCGUUAUCAAUGUCUUGGAGAGACCAAGACAGCCUGCACGUUACAUCCUGCCCACGUGA